AUUCAUUCUUGUUCGUCUACGUCUAUAUAUCUAAUAGCAUAGGAAAAAUAAGAAGAAAAGGGAAGGGGUAAAUUAGAGACAGAGAUAGAAAAGGGGAUGGCAAGUAAAGGAAAAUCUAAGUAAUUGUGUGAAACAAAAAGAAAUAUAUAACAAGGGAACAAACUCGAGAUUCUAGCUUUCAACGUUUAUCACAAGCUACGUGAUGUCAUGAGAAUACGCGCGCGCGCACAUUCGAAGUAAAGAGAGAAGAAAGGAAAGAGAGACGUUUAUAAACGAGUAUGAGUGCACCAUUUAUGUGUACACACACGUAUCGCAUCCACGCGUAUAUAUAUGAGAAAGCCGGGAUCAUCAUAGAUAGUUUUACAUCUUUCCAAGAGAUUCUAUUGCGUCGAGGAAAACUACUCGACGUUGUACGAAGGUUUAUAAGGAGUAAAUUCGAGAUCAAGAUAUUAAAGGGAAAGAAAGAAAAAUAAUAGACAGCAUGCUAAGUAGCUUGGCAAACUAUUUACUAGGAGGUAACAUCUCCACAACACAAAAUUCGCGCAAUGCUUCCAAUAGUGAAAGUCUGGAGAAUUUCCCUGUAGUAGCUAGACUCAGUCAGGUGGAGGUCGAGGGCGACGAUUGGAUCCUCAUCGACCGCACUAUUGAGGGCGCAACGGCGCUGGAGGAGUCGUGGUAUGUAACACCUCCCGCAUGUUUUACACGGGCAGGACCCGUAAACGUAGAAACCUCACCGCUCGAGGAUUUGCUGAUCGAGCACCCAAGUAUGUCUGUCUAUCGAGCGACAACAGCGUCUCCGGUCGCUCCUGAUACUCCACCGCCUACGCCAGACGCUACGGAGGAACGAGACUUCGAAGAGGAUGUUACUCCACCUGCUCGUACUUCAGAUCUAUCCACCAUUUCCAUAGAACAUGGUCUCAGAAGGAGCGAGGAUAACGAUACAUUAUCCAGACCGGCCAUCCAUGACGGUAGACCUGCCAAUAACCGGACUAAUAGUGACAAAGUCCGAGUCAUUCAGCUUCGUUCCGCUCAAAAGGUUCUUGAGAAAAGAUCUACUCAAGCACUGAAGAGAGGUCGAUUGGAGAGGAGUAACAAACUGAGGGAAGUGUUCAGUGUAAAGGGCAAGCGGCCACGCCGCCAAGACCGUUUACGUCUUCAAAAUAGUGGCGCAAAUAAUAAUCGAAAAUGCUAGUCAUUCGAUCUCAGGCCAAGGUGUACUUAAAUUUUUCCUUCUUAAGAAAAAAGAAAAAAGAAAGAAAGAAAAAAAAAAAAAGACAAAACGGAGAAAAAAUAAUUCGAUUUAAACACUGUUUGAUUUUAAUUUUUGUUAUGGUUAAUUAAUUAAUUAUUCAAGACGAAUAUGAAAGUGGGAUUGUUCCCUUUUCGUGCGAACACGUCGUGGAAAUGUAUGGACGUAUGAGAUAUUUUGAAAAUGAUGUAGAUGUGUGACUAUGGUAAUUUAAGAAUUUCUCGAGUCGCUUUUAUUCACGAUGAACUUGUUAGAUAGUGUCGUCAUGCUUUUAUCCAAUUUUUAAAUCCAUUCUUUUAUCAUAAGUAAUAGAUAAUUUUCGAUUAGAGCAAAUAUAUGUAAUAGUAUGAUUUUUUUGCUUUGCAAUUGUUGUAAAUACAAGUGAAUGGAUCCUAAGGAACAGAGCUCCUUACUUAUUCGAAAAACGCGUAGCAAACUCUGAAAAAAGUUCUAGUGACGCGUUUCAAGUCCUGAUACUCUGAUACUCCUGUCUACAGUUAGCCUAUAAAUUGCGUGCUCGAACAGACAGGGGUUUGUAACUUUAUUGAAAGACAAAACAUUUGUGCUUUGAAAAUGCAACACUUUCUUUAUCGAGUGUCGGAGCGCCUCUUAUGUGAUGACAUUAAAAGAAAAAAGAAAAAAAAAAAAAAUCAAAAAAAGAACAAAGUUUUACUACAUAUGGAGGAUAUCGCAUGUUAAAGAAGCGAUAUUGCGACACUUUUUUACUAUAAAUCGUAUCGUUUUAUCGUUUUGAAGUAUGUUUAGUGGGGUAUAAAGUAACUUUCCCUCGUCCCCCCCCCUUAUUGUGUAAAAGACGCAACAAAGGUGUUCUAUUUUAACAUAUAAAACGAUACAAUUUGAAGUAUCGUUACACAAAGACGGCAGUUCGUAACCUCGAUAGUUAAAAAAAGAAAAAAGAAAAACAUUCUCAAAUCACAAGUACUUUGGGCGUAUUCACCGUGUGAAUCUUAUACAGCUUGAGUCUUACUCGAGAACAUUGUGAUCGAUGCACGAAACGAUACCAUAAACAAAAAAAAAAAAAACAGAUCAAAAAAAAAUAUUUCCACGCUUCUACUUGUGGAUUAUAACCGAGUCCCUGUUAUUCAGCGGGGUAUAGAAACUGUUAUGAGCGGGUCUUCCGUGGAAAAAAAAGAUGUAUUAAAAACGUUAUAUAGAAAAUAAUUUUUUUUUCGUCACCGUGAAACGGUACUGGUUAUUAAUGACCAUAAGAAAGAUACGAUAAACGAUAAAGUAUCUGGAAACAAUCUUUUAGUGUUAAAAAAGUGAGCGAAUGAUCGACUAUGUUCAGGUAAAUUAAAUUAGGUUUUCAUUGAUGGACGUUAUGCACAUAAAAAUAACGACAAAGUGAUCGGAGUAACAAGAAAAUAUGUAUUCUAUAUUCACUCAUACUCUUGCUACUCCAUGUAUGUAAAAUGCGUUCAUUACACGUUGCACAUAUGUUAGAUUUGAAUAAUACACGUAAAAAAGAAUAUAUAUGUGUGUAUGGAUAUAUAUAUAUGUAUGUAUGUAUGUAUGUAUGUAUGUAUGUAUGUAUGUAUGUAUGUACGUAUGUAUGUAUAUGUAUAUUGUUUUAUAUCCUUGAUCCGAACAUUAUGUAUAUAUACACAUGUAUACGUGCGUACUUGUAUAUAGAGAUAGAGAGAUUUUCUUUUGAGCAUAAAUUUUAAGCAAUAAGUAGUAACGUACAGUAAUUAGAUACAUAAAUUGUGUAACAUCCAUUAAUGAAGAUCUGGCCGAUACUUAAAGAAAUAAGUAUCGAUAUAGAAUAUUACGUGAGAGUGCGAAGACAGGUGCACGCAUAUACACGCAAACACAGCUUUACGUAGAGUAAAGAAGUGAAUUUUUAGUAUAAUUAUUAAUAAAGCAAAUUCUAUCUGAGGGAAGAACAACGGCCCAUAUUUUCGUUGUUCUCCUUGGUGGACAUUUCGAAUGACAUCAAGCAUAUUAUAUAUGUUUGACAACGACGCAUCAUUAGAAUGAAAACAAAUAUAUAAUCUUAUAUAUCACAGCGAAAUGAUUACAAAAAUAAGAAGCCCGAUAGAUGCGCGUUAUAGCGCAUACAAUUUUGCGGUUAAUAAGCGCAUUCGCUAGUAAUAUGCAUCGAUGCGAUAUAUCUCGACAAACUGAUAUACAAACACAAUAGGUGGUGUAGUAUGGUAUAUUAAAUGAAUUUGUUCAAUUCUUUUUGUGAAUUGUGCACGUAAAGAAAGCAAGUCAAAACUGACAAUUUCAAGUUAAAAUGAUACGAACUUUCGGAAACUUGCGGUUUCCUUCGAAGAAUGUUUUGUGUUAAAUGUGUGAUAUGAUGAUUUUUGAGAGAAUAUAAAUGAUUACGUUCCACGAUGGUGUCGCCGAUUUGCACAAAUUAACAGAAGGAAACAUAGAUACAACAGAUUAAAAAGAUAGAAAAAAGAAAAUCGCGUUCCUGAGCCGUUAUUUAGCGAUGAUGUAUACGCGUACUAUGUAUGUAUCUCCAAACGAACGGCGGUGAUCAUUUUAAAAACAAUUAACAAUUAAAAAAUUUAAUUAUCGAUCGAACGUUUCGAAGGAACUUAACGAAAUUCGAAUCAAGUGUUCUAAAUAAUUUGAAACGAUCUUGUACGCUAAUUCCUUCGAUUCUAUAAUAUGACUUGCGCUAUAGUGAUUAAUCGAUUAAUUAUAUUAUCUAAUUGUACGUUCGUGCACCUUGACCCUAAAUAACAUAAUAAAAUAUUUUAUGUCAUUAA